ACCCAAACAACAUGUACCGGAAACUUUGAGAGCAUGAAGUAAACAUUGGAGUUAACGCUCAAAUGAUCUGACUUCCUGCUGUUUCAGGUAUUCUAACACACUCUCAGAGAUGUAUUUAAACUCACAACAACGAACAGGUUGUACUUGGAGAAAGCUAAAGGCUUAAACUGGGGCAAUUUGACGCCUGAUUCUGAGACUCCACACAGCGGAUACCAUGAAUAACACGUCCCCUGAGGUCGCGCUGCACCGGAUCUCACCUGAGCUGCGGCCCUUGCUGUGCAGCGUGGUGAGGAACGGCCGAGUGGGACUGGACUCCACAAACUGUCUCCGUGUCACUGACCUCAAAACCGGAUGCACAUCUCUGACUCCUGGUCCCUGUUGUGAUCGCUUCAAACUUCACAUCCCCUAUGCUGGAGAAACACUUAAAUGGGAUAUCAUAUUCAAUGCACAAUAUCCAGAACUGCCUCCAGAUUUUAUAUUUGGAGAAGAUGCUGAAUUUCUCCCUGAACCCUCAGAGCUACCACACUUGGUCCAGUGGGAUGCGGGGGACCCUGAAUGUUUGCUCCAGCUGGUGAAGGAGCUCAUCCAGCAGUACCACAGCUACCAAUGUCAGCGUCUGCGCGAGAGCUCCAGGCUCCUCUUUGAGUACGACAGCCUGCUGGAGGAUCCCAAUUAUGGCCGCAACAUGGAGAUAUACGCCGGACGCAAGAACAGCUGGACGGGAGAGUUUUCAGCCCGUUUCCUUCUUAAACUCCCGGUGGACUUCAGCAACAUUCCCGUCUAUCUCCUGAAGGACACAGCUUUGGACCCUGGAGAGGAUGUGGCUCUUCUCUCAGUGAGUUUUGAGGAUGCUGAGGCCACUCAAGUUUUUCCUAAACUCUACCUUUCCCCCAGCAUUGAACAUGCUCUGGGAGGCUCCUCUGCACUUCAUAUCCCAGCAUUCCCCAGUGGAGGAUGCUUAAUUGACUAUGUCCCUCAGGUGUGCCAGUUACUCACCAGCAAGGUGCAAUAUGUCAUCCAAGGCUAUCACAAGAGGCGAGAGUACAUCGCUGCCUUCCUCAGCCACUUCGGAAUGGGGGUAGUGGAGUACGAUGCCGAGGGAUUCACAAAGCUCACCCUGCUACUCAUGUGGAAAGACUUUUGCUUCCUAGUUCACGUGGAUCUCCCUCUGUACUUCCCCAGGGACCAGCCUACCCUCACCUUCCAGUCCGUUUACCACUUCACCAACAGCGGUCAGCUGUAUUCUCAGGUGCAGAAGUCGUAUCCCUACAGCCCACGCUGGGACGGCAACGAGAUGGCCAAGAGGGCAAAAGCGUACUUCAAGAGCUUCAUCCCGCAGUUCCAAGAGGGAGCCUUCGCCACCGGAAAGCUGUAGUGCUCUCUCUCUCCAGCUAAAUGACCUGCCUGGAGAGUUGCCUGAGGGAGGGAGUGUGUGUGUGUGUGUGUGAGUGUGUGUCCGUGCAUGCAGUUGUAAACCUGCACAUGAGCGUGCACAGACUUAACAGUACAGUGAGAGUGACAGUGAAUUCCACAUCCUCUGGCCUUGAAGUUAUUGCCUCUUAGUCACUACCUUCACUUUUUAUUGUACCUGUGGAGAGAAGCCACUUUGCAGUCAUCCCAGCACCAAACUCUUUGUCAUGAUGACUGUGGAUCACUAACACUGGAUCAGUCAAAGACCUCGAUUUUGAAUAAGAUUCUCCAUUACUUUGAACACCUCAGCUGUACAUGUUGUUUUAUUGUGUACUGCCAAUGACACCCGGCAUCAAGCUGUCAAACCACUGGGGUUGGACUCACAGCACUCCAUACAGUUGUGCCGCAGUGUGAACAGGUGUUUGUUUAUACAUUAGUUCAACAAUUUGUUAACUACACAAAGAGCUGUAGUGAGUUUGCUACAUCUCUGUUUGCUCUUCGUUCACGUUUGACUCCACCAUCAAAUGUUUAAAUGAUCUGUGUUAGAAUGAUGUGCGUUUAAUCUAAUCUAGUCUGAGAUGUAGCCAAUACUGUAAAUUCAUGUGUUUUGUCAAAAUGUCUAUCCAGUAAAGACGUUUGUCUCCUCUGA